GCUGAUAGCUCUCAGGAGGAAGUCCUCGUUCCCUCUUGCAGCUGCAACAGCCGACGACGCCUCCCGAGCGGGCGCUUCCGAAGCGAUGCCUUUGCUGAUUAAUGGGGAGCGGAUCGAUCUGUCGCAGCCCACGAGGGAGCUGAUCUAUACCUUCCCGGAGCUGGAGGAGCAAGCCAAACGCUUAAGAAGCCAACCUGCUCAGUCAGUGGGUCCCAAAGGACUUCUGUAUGUCCAGCAAAGAGAAUUUGCAGCCACCACUCCUAAAGAUGGUUCUGUAUCCAUACUUGGAUCUGACGAUGCAACGACCUGCCACUUAGUGGUACUCAGACACACAGGUAGCGGUGCUAUCUGUUUGACUCACUGUGAUGGAUCGGAUACAGAAACAGAAGUUUUGUUAAUCACAAAUGCCGUGAAAGUGCUUUCUCCAAACACAGAAUGUGGAAGGUUGGAAGUGCACCUGGUUGGAGGUUUCAAUGAUGACAGGCACUUGUCCCAGCAACUGACCAAUCAACUCCUUAGAGCAUUUGACCGCUUGCAGGACAGCAUCCAUUUGGUGACUUUUUGUGUGACAGAAUUAAAUGACCGACAGGAGAAAGGCGAACACUUUCCAUUUAUUUAUGGAAUUGCUGCAAAUGUGAAAACAGGAGAGAUUUUCCACGCAACAUUUCCAGACAAGGGGCCUGACAAGGACUUGAGGUCUGCCAUUAUCUUUACAGGAGCCAAGAUGGUUAACAUUUAUGACUCGAGAAAGGAGCAACUUUGCAUUGGGCCGUACUUCUGGAUGCCUUUCCCCCAUGUGGAUUUCUGGCUAGCGCAGGACGAUCAACACCUAUUGCAGAAUCUCUCAACAUCGCCCCUGGCUGAACCGCCUCACUUUGUUUCCGACAUCAGAACAGCUCUCAUGUAUUUGAAAGAGCAUCCCUUUCCAGAUAAGACCCUGUUCCCUAGCAGAAAACCUUGGAUGUAUAGGAAAAAUGACAGCGGCCUAUGGGAGAGGGUGUCUUCUGAUCAGAUGUGACUUUGGAAGGGGUCAAAAAGAGACACUACUGGAAGUGUGAAUUGUGCCAAAGGAGGACCAGCCAUUCUGAAUGGCAGAGGUUUUGCUUGACUUCAUAGAAACAGCUUUUUGCUAUGAAACGGCCCAAAACUCAAGUAACAAAAGUUUCUUUCUUGCUGCUCUUGUCUGUGUGGUUUGCACAGUGUCAUGACCUCAAAAAUGGCUUAAGUUCCAAAAGACUCAAAUGAUUAAAUAACUAAAACAGGUAA